AUGGAAAGAGGAACGCCGAAAGAGUGUUGGUGUGGUGCACCAUCUGACAUUUUUACAUCUGGAAGCGAAACAAAUCCAGGAAGAUUGUACUAUUGCUGUGCAAAAGGAUAUCAUAAGAGUCAUUUAUUCAAAUGGGCGGAUGAGUGCUUGGUGGAAGAGGUUGAAGAUAUUAAGGCAGUGAUAAAUGGCAUGAAUAGAGACAUCUCGGAGUUGCGAGUUAACGUUGCUCGGUUGGCGAAUGGAGUAAAGACAGAAUCUGAGAGAAAAGGAGGCGAAUGUUUGAGUGAGAGUAGGUGUUUGAGGAAUGUGGUUGUUUGUAUGGCUGGAAUGGCGAUAUUUUGCUACUACUACUUCUCUAUGGAUGUUUCUGAUGUUAAAUCACGGGGUUACCCUCCAAGACUUUAUCCUGUAGGGUCUUCUAACCUAGAAAAUAAAGACAUUAAUCACAAUUUCCGUUCACGAGAUUUACCUCAUAUUAUAGAAGCACUAGGAGAAGAUGUAUGGAAAGCACUGGUGAACUCUCCCAUUGGAGUAGUUGCUAGGCUAGUUGAACGCCGAAGCGUGUGGAAGGAGAUAUGGAGUCUGGUGGUUGAUGAGCCUAUCAGGUUUAGUUUGGUAGAAUUUGGUGAGAUAACUGGGUUAAACACUGGUCCAUUGCCAACAGAAAGUUUUGAACAUGAUCCUGAUAAAUACAAACCGUUUUGGGCGAAGCUGAAGGUGUCGCUUGGGAGGGGACCCACGUUGGAUAAACUGAAGAACUCAAUAGAGGUCUGCCCGAGUUGGACAUUUGAAGAGCGUAAAUGGUUAGGGCUAUUAGUUCUUCAACACAUGGUACUUUAUUGUUUGCAUCAAAAUUCUCGGGUGCCAUUUGAAAGUGCCAAAAGAGUGUUUGACGAUGAAGCCAUGAAGUCGUAUCCAUGGGGUCGGACUGCAUACGAAGUUCUCAUUGACUCUAUUAAAACGUUGGCUCCAGACAGGGGGUCAUACACAUUAAGCGGCCUAAAAGAUGCGUUAUUGAUUUGGGCGUAUGAAUCCAUCGUCUGCUUUGGCGAGUGUUUUGGGAGAGUGGUGAAUAAUGAAGACGUUCCACUUUUACGAUGGGGUGGAAAGCGUACUCGUGCAAAUUUCGAAAACUUGUUGUCUGCCGAGAUAAAACAACAUAGCCAGGUGCGUGUUAGGAGAAUGGUUUCGAAGGAGUCAAUCGAAGAGUUGUUUCCUGAAUGGUCGUGUCAACCUGACGACCCACAACUCAUUAACUUGAUAACAGACAUACAUGCAGGUAGAUUUGUAAAAGGUUUUUGGGAAGUGCAUGGAAAUGCGGAGGGGAAGGGUAACGAGAAGAAGAAGAAAGCUGAGCCACCCACUAAGAAGCAUAAUAAAGUUAAGACCAAUGAGGGUGAAGCUGCUGCAACGGGAAACGGUUCAAGCGAAGAGGAAGGUAAUAAAGAUUCGGGGAACAACGCGAGUCUGAUGGCCAUUGCGAGUACUCUGGAUAAACUUUCCAGAAAAUUUGAUCUGAUGGACGUGCGAUUUAAAAAACCAUUGGUGGACCAGAAGUCGAUAGAUGACAUGGUGAAAGUUGCAGUGGAGGAGCGUCUGAAAGUUAUGGGAAGAAGAAAAAAUCCCCAAAACAAAGAUAACCUCUCAAACGUCGUCGCCGACCAACAACCUGAACCGUUGUCAUCACCACAGCCUAAUACCCAGCAGAAGUCUGCAACUAAGGCUGAAGACUUACGUCGCCACUCCACGCGCAACCGUACUAUAAAGGAUGAGGAUGCAGAAGAUAAGAAAAAAGCUGUGCAAGCAGAGGCUGUGUUGAAGAGGAAGGAUAAAGCUGCCGCUAAGAGAAAAGCGGCUGCCUCAAUGAAGCAAAAACAGCCUGAGUUAAAUAAACCAAAACAGGCUGAGUUAAUGAAUGAAAAACAGGCUGAGUUAAAGAAUCAAGAACAGGCUGAGUUAAUGAAUGAAGAACUGGCUGAGUUAAAAAAUCAAGAAGCCGAUAAUGAGAAGAGAAAGAAUAUAACUACACCGCGUGCCAAUGUAAAAAGAUGCAAGGUUGAAGAUUCUGUAGAGGGCAGUGAAUUUGCUGUAAUGACCGACGAAGUUCUUGCGGAGGAGAAUGAAAUCUUGCCGGAGUCGCCUAUGGAGAGUCAGGAAUUGAUUAGAUCUGCUAUAGUAAAAGAAUAUCUGGAGAAAACAGUUAAAUUAUCUCCACAAGGGUUUGCAUUGUCUGAAGGUUCUUCAAGACCAGUUUUUCCUUACAUUGGAGACAAUGGAACGACGUGCAUGAGGAAUAAUGUUGAGCCUUCAUCAGCAAUAUAUGACCCUCUAGCACCUGUUGAUCCGAUUGUAUUAGAUAAACUUAUGCAACACAUCUCGAGAAUUCCACCCAAACCACCAGCACCAGCAAAGAAAAGAGUUGUAAGAUCUUCCGCUCGUGAGGGUGACUUCUACAGCAUACUCAUCCCUGAAAGACCGUGGCCGCAUAGCCAAUAUGGAUGGUUGUUUGAUGAUCAUAUCUCUGCGUAUAUUAACGUCCUCAUUAAGAGGUCCAUGCGAGAUCCCACCCCAUUCUGGACCAAGCGAAUUGCCUUCAUUGAUCCUUGGUUCUUGUCUAAGUGGGUUGACGAUUACAAGCAGUUCAAGAUAAAACCUAAUAUGAUGAAGUUCACAGGGAAUGGUUAUGAAAAUCUUGUACACGGUAAGCUUCCCUCUAACUUUCAAACAAACUUGAAGUGGUAUGAACACGUGGAACACUUGUACGGAUGUCUUCAAACCGGCAGAAAUCACUGGGUGGCUUUUCACGUGGAUCUGAAGAAGGAGAAGGUUGAUUACUAUGAUUCAAUCAUUGGAGAGGUAACAGCCAAAAGUGAGAAGAAAAUGCUUGAUUCAUUUAAACCGAUAACGCUUAUGCUUCCCGAUAUUUUGAAUCAAAACAUUCCUGCCAAUCUCCGAACCCCGAGUAGGAAGAAAUUCGCAUUCAGGAGGAGGAGCAAAAGGUACACUCCACAAAACACCCAGAUUGGCGAUUGUGGGGUGUAUGCGUUGAAGUUUGUGGAGUGUCUAGCGCUUGGUGUAAGUUUUGCUGGGAUAAACGAUAAAAAUAUUCAAGGUUUACGGUUGAAGAUGGCGGCAAAGAUCCUCAAUGAAGGAGAAAACAGGGCGGAGAACAAUUAG